GGGCGGCAGCUAGGGAAGAAAGGAGGGCCAGGUUGGAGGCGGAAUCUGGGAAGAGCCGAGGUUCCCAUGAGGACGGGGAUGGUGCCGCCCCGUGAAGGAGGAGUCGGACGCGGUAGAAAGCGAGGAAGAGGAUGAAAAUGAGAUGGAAGUUGAAGAACAGGACAGAAAGGAAGCCAGAAAACCAUCCGUCAUAAAUUUUGACACCAGCUUGCCGACUUCUCACGUGUAUCUGGGGUCUGAUAUGGAAGAAUUUCAUGGCAGGACUUUACAUGAUGAUGACAGUUGUCAGGUGAUUCCGGUGUUGCCACAGGUGAUGGUGAUGUUGAUUCCCGGACAAACAUUACCACUUCAGCUUUUUCACCCUCAAGAGGUUAGCAUGGUGCGCAAUUUAAUUCAGAAAGAUAGAACAUUUGCAGUCCUUGCAUACAGUAAUAUUCUUGACAGGGAAGCACGUUUUGGGACAACAGCAGAAAUAUACGCAUACCGGGAAGAGCAAAAUAAUGGAAUUGAAAUAGUGAAAGUGAAAGCAGUAGGAAGGCAGAGGUUCAAGGUCCUUGAAAUAAGAACACAGUCUGACGGAAUUCAACAGGCUAAAGUGCAAAUUCUUCCUGAAUGUGUGUUGCCUUCAACCAUGUCUGCAGUUCAGUUGGAAUCUCUCAACAGAUGCCAGCUCUUUCCUUCAAAACCUAUAGCAUGGGAAGAUCAGUAUGCGCUUAAAUGUUGGCAGAAAUAUCAAAAGAGGAAGUUUCACUGUGCUAGUCUGACUUCUUGGCCUCCAUGGCUGUAUUCCUUAUAUGAUGCUGAAACUUUGAUGGAAAGAGUCAAAAAGCAACUACAUGAAUGGGAUGAAAAUCUCAAAGAUGAAUCUCUUCCUUCAAAUCCAAUAGAUUUUUCUUACAGAGUAGCUGCUUGUCUUCCAAUUGAUGAUGCCUUACGGAUUCAACUCCUUAAAAUUGGUAGUGCAAUCCAACGACUGCGUUGUGAAUUGGAUAUUAUGAAUAAAUGUACUUCUCUUUGUUGUAAACAAUGUCAAGAUACAGAAAUAACAACCAAAAAUGAAAUAUUCAGUUUAUCCUUGUGCGGACCGAUGGCUGCGUAUGUAAAUCCUCAUGGAUAUGUGCACGAGACCCUGACGGUAUACAAGGCUUGCAAUUUGAGUCUGAGUGACCAUUCUUCUACAGACCACAGCUGGUUUCCUGGGUAUGCGUGGACUAUAGCCCAAUGUAGAUAUUGCGGGAGUCAUAUCGGUUGGAAAUUUACAGCUACCAAGAAGGAUAUGUCUCCUCAGAAAUUCUGGGGAUUGACACGAUCGGCUCUCCUGCCUAGGAUUCCAGAAACGGAGGAUGAAACUGGUCAAGAAAUAGCACCUUUACUUUGCCUGUGACUCUGAUUUGCUUUGAGCCUAAGGAGCAGAAGUCAUUUGAACCUUAUUGUCUCUAAAUCAGAUCUGUUUUGAAAAUUAAUGUUUCUUCAGGUAUAUAAUGGAAUAAAAGGCAUCGUUGCAUUGAGACAUGACGGAUGUGGAAUUGUGAUUUCCAGGAACACCAGUAACUGAAGAUUUAAAUUAAAAUGCCAUCAGGGCGAGGAAAAGAAGCAAUAUGGCAAAUAGUUUAAAAUUCAGGAAUACCGAGAAACUUGGUAAACCUGCUACUGCUCUGUAUAGUUUAAAAAAAAUCCGUUUUGCCCAGUUAGGGUAAGGAGAUGCUGGAUGCUUGCCAGCGAUGCCUGGUAAAGACAUCUCGCAGGUGUCACUGAUGUUUCCGAGUAUGUGAACGACUACUGAAUUCCCAUCUCGCUUAACAAUGUGAGAUCACGUUGUUGUUUCGGAUGGUGGCAACGGUAUUGUAGUUGCAGUGCUGAAGUGGCAGAAACGAAUCACCUAUGUAUGGUUCUGGCCGCUGAAACGAGUAUGGUACAGUGUUCCCCUCGCCAGGGAGAUUGGAUCAUAUAAAGGAAAAGGCCUUUUUCCCUUUGCAGUCUACAUUUCAGUUAUUGAACAUGUUGAUUUAUAAAUCUCUUGCAUUUUUAAGUAUUAAUGCUGAAUGUACAGCUCGGAAUCGCUCUCUCCCCCCUCGCCCCCCUGCCCAUACACCCACCCCACACCCCCAUCCACAAUAACUUUUCUCGUUUUCUACGAUAUAUUAGUGAAUUUUGAAGAAUACUAUGAAAUACAUUUAGUAUUUGGUGAACUCUAACUCUAUCUUCAGUUAAUUUGCUUUAUAUGUGUACUGUUUUCAGUAAAAUGAUUUUAGCGCUUUUAAUGAUGUUUCGGGAAGGGCGGGGAGUAGGAGAAAUCCAGUUGCUCAUUUGUCCUUCCAUACUUAACAUUACCUUCAUUUACUCUAUUAUUUGGAGAGAGGAAUGAGUUCUAUAAAUAAGCAGGCCUCAAAGGCAGCUUUUUUUUUUUUUUUUUUUUUUUGAGACACUGUGAAAGUAGACCUUAGAUUUGGGUGCCAAAAAGAUAUCAGAUUUUUUCGAAUGCACUUUGAUGGUAGAAUCCAAAAGUGACGGAGCUGUCCAUUACUUCUUUCAGAACGGUGUGGUUCACUCUUUAUUCCAAGUAUUUUAUAAAAUGCCUCUAGAUCUAUUUCCUGGCAUUUUUAAACAACGAAAAAAAUGUAUUGAGUGUUGUAGUCUUCUGCACCCCCUUUAAUCCAUCAUGUUUAGGUAGUGUAAUUCAGUGCUAUUUAUUGAACGCUCACUGUGUACAGAGCACUGUACUAAGCGCUUGGGAGGCUAUAAUACCACAGAGUUGGUAGACACGAUCCCUGCCCGCAAGGAGCUUACAAACUAAUUACUGAUAGGUUAUCCUAAUAAAAUGUAAAAAAACGUAUUUAUGAUAGGUCACUAGUGGCAACACUGUGAAGUAGUAAUUUUGAAAUUAUGACUUUAAAUGAAAUAUUUUGAAAUUGAUAAAUGAAAGUAAGGUAAGUAUUCUUGGAACAUCCAGCCCGUAAAGGAGUCUUUAGAAUACUAGUGACAUAAUGGCAGAGGUUUCAUUUUUGGCCCCUUCUACCUCUGUGCUUAUGAACGUUUUGUUUUUCAUGCACACAAGUUCAUUCGAACUGUCCCAACUCUUUAACUUUCUAAUAGAGUGCGAGUUGUGUUCUUGAGAAACCCCGCACUUUAGUGCUCUCCUGUCCCGUCGCUCCAUGCAAGCAGUUUCUCCGUGGUGUGGCGCUCCGAGACCAAACAGGCUCGCGCUUCGGAAGAACGUUCCCUAUUUCCUCUCAUCACGUUAGCCAAAGCGAGCAUUGCGAACCUGUGCUGUGGCAGAAAUGAGUUUAGAAGAGUGAUUCCGAAUAGAGAAUGAAAUUGUUCUUUCUUAAAAGGUUUUCUAAACUCUGGUGUUAUUUCAAGAACCAGUCUUGAAAAUCAAAAGUUGUUCAGCAUCGUAGUGAGAAUGAGAGCAAGGGCAAGUUUAUUUUCCAGGCUUAGAGAAAAGUGUAGUUUGUAACAGUCACCUUUUUGGGAUGAGGGAUGUUGCAAGAUGGAUGUUGUCUUUGGUUCUUACCAAACACAGUGUUGGUUUUAGUGGGUUGUUUUGUUAGGUUUCUAGGGGAUCGACACAACUAAAAUGUCACGCUCAUAAUGUGUGGCAUUCUUUGAGCAUGAAAUAUGCAUAUUUUUGGUAUUGUGUGUUGGUAUAUACAGUCUAUUCAAGUGAGAUCAGUUCAAGAUUAUAAUUGCGCUGUCCCAUGGGUCUAAAUCUCUUUUGUGGUGUGUUUGCAAAUACAAGGCUCAUGACUUUUCUAUAAUUAAAGAAAUGAAUUUGCAAAUUCUUUUGUGGUUCAAGAAUAAGUGAAUUGCACUUGUAAAAACCCUUAAUAUGUAUGUAUUAUUUUAUAGAAUUCGUUGGGGUACUUCUGUCUGUGAUGAUUUUUUUUAAUGAUUUGAAAAGCAGCCUUUAAUUAUCGGGAAGAGGAAAGUAGUUGAAUAUUAAAACCACGAUGUCAAAUGAAAACAAACCAUCUCACACUGAAAAGUCAUCUAGGCCGGUCAUCACUAGAUUCAGCAAGAUGAAAAUAUUUUAAUUGGAGAUGUUGAGAGCCUUUACUCUCUAAAUUUCAUUUUAUCAAUCGAUCAGUCACUGAUAUUUAUUGGAUGCUUCUAUCAGUAGUACAAUAGUAUCCCACCAAUCCCCGCCCAACCUGAGCUCACUUUUUGUAGUAGUAACAGAAUUAUGUAGUUUGGAAGUGUCUUCUUGUUAGAUUUGGUGACGGGGCAAAACCCUUGAAAAGCUUGUGUGGUUUUUUUGGAGUAUGUAGUGAAUUUGUUUUUAGGUGGUUUUAUUCUGCAUUGUCUUUUGGGUUUUUUUAUAACGAUGUUUUAUACAUUUAAUGUUUCAAGUUUAUUCAGUUACUAGAUUUCAUCAGGCUCUGUAAACUUUGCAAAGCUGCAGUUAGGAAACACACUGAUUUAACUUUGCCUUUUGAAAUCAAUCUCAGAAUGUCUUGUUGCUUGCACACAUCUGCAAAGAAUAUAUCUCUUUCAGAUCGAUUUCAACUCUUAAAUAAAGCCCUAACAUCACGUCUGUGACUUAUGAUGUA